AUGAGCACUAGCGGCGGGGACAGCAAUCCGCCUGGCUUUAAAUAUGUGGGACUGGCACUUGCUGUAGGGAGCGGGCUGUUUAUCGGCUCGUCCUUUGUGUUUAAGAAAAAGGGCCUGCUCGCCGCGCAGCGAAAGUAUGCGGUCACGGCGGGUGAUGCGCACGCGUACCUCAAGAGCCCGAUGUGGUGGACGGGCAUGAUCAUCAUGAUCUUGGGUGAGGUGCUCAACUUUGUUGCGUACAUGUUUGCUGACGCCGUGCUUGUGACGCCGAUGGGCGCACUGUCCGUCGUGGUGUGCGCGGUGCUCUCCGCUAUCUUUCUCAAGGAGCAUCUCACGCUCUUUGGCAAGGUGGGGUGCUUUUUGUGCAUUGUCGGCUCAGUGAUCAUCGCAAUCAACGCGCCGGAGCAAAAGAUCGACGGCAACAUCCACUCGUACGAGCAUCUGUUUAUUGCGCCGGGGUUCCUCGCCUGGCUGGGCAUCUGUGUUGUGGCGGCGCUCGUUCUCAUAUUUGUCAUUGCGCCGCGGUACGGAAAAAAGAACAUGCUCGUGUACGUCACUGUGUGCAGCGUGAUUGGCGGUCUUAGUGUGAGCGUCACCUCCGGUCUCGGCUCGGCGAUCAUCCUGUCGAUCCGGGGGUACAACCAGUUCACGUACUGGUUCACCUACUUCCUGCUCGGCUUUGUGGUCGUCACGCUGCUUGUCGAGAUCAACUACCUGAACAAGGCGCUCGAGUUGUUCAACACGGCGGCCGUGACGCCGACGUACUAUGUCCUGUUCACUGCAGCCACCAUCAUUACCUCGGUCAUCCUGUCCCAGGGACUGCACGCGAGCCCCGUGGCGAUCGUCACGAUCGUUUUUGGCUUCCUCACGAUCUGUGCGGGCAUCACGCUCCUGCAGCUCAGCAAGAUGGACCCCGAAGAGCUGCAGCAACAGCAGGGCCUGGAUCGCAAGUCGUCCAUGCUCCUGAGCGUUAUGGAAAUGGGCCGAGAGCUCGAGAAGCAGCACGAUCUCAUACAGAUCGAGGACCCCGGCGUCGACACGAUCCGCGGCGGCAUGGGCAUCGUCGGCAGCAUCAUGCGCGCGCGCACGGUGCGCCGCGCUGCAUCACAGCAGACGCGCCCGGACACCUCGCUCGAGCCGCUAACAACCCACGCACUCGGUCACGACAUGCCGCGGUACCAGCUGUACGACCGCCCGGUGUCGUUCUCGCCUGAGGCGGACCACCAUGUCAAGUUCACCGAAGGCGCCACACAGCCACAUGGACACCAUGGCGAGGCGCUCGACGACGAUACCGAAUUCAGUGGGCCGCGCCUAUCUCCUGCACACGACGAAACGCAUGCACUCGUUCCCAUACUUGAAAACGGCCGGACCAAGAGUCAGCGCCGCUUCACGCCAUCCGCGAUGGGGCUCGAUGGCGAUGUGGGCGCUCGCCCACCGUCUGAGGACCGCUCUGCACCCGCAUACAGCCUCGAUCUCCCGCCUAUCUGGGGCACAAGCGAGUUGGAGGGCGACGAUGACAAGAUCGCCUCCCCGACGGGGAUCGUUGACGAGUACUGCGACCUGUCCGAAGAGCCGAUCGAGCUGCGCCCUGUGCCGCUCAGCCCCCGUACGCGUGAAUCGCGCUCGCGGAGCCUCCAAAAAGCGCCUAGUGCAUUGGCCAAGUUCCGCUUCCGCAAGAGCUCGCGAGAUCGCUCAGCCACAGCCCGGCCCAGUUCACCGCCAGGCCCUGGCACGCACUAUGCGUCUGAACAAGUCUUGCUGUCGGCGCCGGCGCCGCGGCCGUCGCCAAUCUAG